AAAUGAGUGGGGGCUAAACAGAAUACCAGUAAAAUAUAUAAAUUAUUCAGAAAAGAUUAUUCUUCAGAUAGUUUACUAACUCUCAAACAGCAUCAAUAUGAAAGUGAUCGCCCUUUUCUUUGUCGUUAUUUCCGUCGCCGUAGCUGCUCCCCCAAGAGUAUCAGGUGAUGACUCAAAGCACGCUGUUAUCCUCCGUUAUGAUAGUGACAACAUUGGUGUUGGAUCUUACAGUUACGGAGUUGAAACCAGUGACGGACAACAGAAGGAAGAAAGGGGAGAACUAGUUAAUGCGGGAUCCAAAGACGAACAUAUUGCAGUCCAAGGAAAAUUCAGCUACCCAGGUCUUGACGGUGUUCUCUACGAAGUAGUGUACAUUGCUGACAAAGACGGAUUCAGAGCUCAAGGUGCCCAUCUUCCAGUUGCCCCACAAUAACUGACAAUGCCAUGAUCACUUUUCAUAUUGGUUGAUAUUCAACAUAUUAAGUUAAAUAAAAAUCCCAAAAAAACUU